UUUUGUAAUCCGUUUGUCAGUUUGACGCGACUGACGCAACGCACGCGCUGAACGCGACGCAAAAGGAGAUUUUGAAGAUUUUCUCAAUUUUUCUCAAAGGAUAAAAGAUAAGUUGGAAGUAUCCAAAGAUGAGUAGGGACAUGAAAUUAAUUCGUAUGGUGAGAGAGAAUAAGUGUUUGUACGACAUAAACAGCAACAACUACAAUAACAAGGAUCUCAAAAUGCUGAUUUGGAAUGGGAUUGCAAAGGAGCUGGGAAUGAAAUUUACCAGAGCCAAGACACGUUGGAAGACAUUCCGGGACCGAUAUGCCAGGGAAUUGAGAAACAUGAGAGAAGGUGGUGGUUCUUCAGAUUCUUCAUAUCCUACUCCUGGCUGGAAGCACUACAAUGAACUGGAAUUCCUCAAGGAAUUUAUAGCUCAAAGACCUCUAGGGAUUCAGGGGGGCAACGGACGAAGUUUUAAAUGGGAUGUAUCUGGAGAGAAGAAACUUAUAUCACUAGUCCGGGAACGUAAGCGGUUGUACGAAACAAAAGGCAAAACCUAUAAAGGUGUUAAGCCUAUCUGGGAAGAAGUUGCCAAGGAAAUGGACAAGAGUAUUACAGAAGUCAGGGUCAGAUGGAAGAGUAUCCGGGAUAAGUACGUCAGGGAGAAGAAGAUGUAUGAGAAUAGACCAAUGAAGUCCCCUUGGGUAUUGUAUGAGGACAUGGAAUUCCUGCGGGACUAUGUGCAGAUAAAGCAGCCUGCUGAAGAUGAAGAAACCUGCGAUGACAACAUGGACUCCAAUGAUGAUGACAUGAUGAUAUCAUCAGUUAAAGAAGAAGAGGAAUUGGAAGCUCUAGAAGCGUCAGAAGAAGCAGAUGCCAAUCCAAUUCCAAGCCCGUGUCCCUCCGCUUUGACCACUGCAAACGAUGAACCAGAAGAACCGUUGAUUGAGAUGGAAUUUGCUGAAGUAUCAGAGGAGCCUCAAGAGACAAAACCUCAAAUAAAAAAAGACGAUCUGACAAGUUCCUAUCUCAGCAUUAUUGAGAACAAACUGAGACGCUUCCCGGAACAACAGCGCGAAGAGGUUGCAAUGGAAGUAAUUACGUUGAUCAACAAAAGGCUCUACAGCAAAACCUAAAAGACCUAAAAUAAAUUACAACUCCAAAAGCAAAAAA